AUGGUCAUGUUGUUGGUUUUGGUUUAUGCAACAUCUGCUACUAAUUACGCUGUUGGUGGAGAAUCCGGAUGGGCUCUUGAUUCUGAUGUGCAAACUUGGGGCUCUUCAUACUCUUUCAGCGUUGGAGAUACACUAUUGUUUGUGUACAAACCAGUUCACAAUGUGCUUGAAGUGACUGAGUAUUCGUACGACGUGUGCAACUUGGAGAAUCCGAUCAGUAUAACCGAUGGAACUAACACCACUGUAACCCUUGAUGCUCUUGGUACCAGGUACUUCAUAUGCGGAACUAUAGGUCAUUGCAUCUCAGGACUGAAGGUCAAGAUUGUUGUUAACUCUACAGACUCAUCAGGCUCAGGGGACGGCAGCUAUACUCCUCCUAUUGGCAGUUCACCACCUUCUCCUAGUCAAUCACCUCCACCUCCUUCAAACACUCCUGGUACCCCUGAUAGUUUCGAUGUUCCACCUGGUCCUAAUGCUCCUCACCCUAAAGGUUUUCCAUCUGCAGCAACAAAGUUCACCCAUCAGUUUAUACUUGCUUCUGUGAUUACUCUAGUUUCGAUCAAACUGAUGAUCGGUAACUACUAAG